AUGACGUCCACCGCUGGUGACUUACUGUCUCAAAUCCUCAAGCAAGAUGCAUUGCAAUACUCUUCAACACGCCCCGUUUACUUGAGCAACGUUGAAGUGACUGGUGGUGAUUAUCUCCUGAGGCAGUUUUUUUCCAAGUUAUUGUACCCGUUGGUCGACAAAAGUGACUACACCUUAGGUCAAUUAUUGCAUUCUGUGGAUAAAAGCCAGGACAACUUACUUAAGACCAAUGUGUUCAGAUCUGUGAAGCCAUCAUUGCAUGUUGAUUACUUGCAUCCGGUUCCAGAAGCAUCAACAAACUACAAUAGAGAAAAACUGAUUCCGACGAAAGUCAUCUUCGACUUAGAAGGAGAACCUUCUGUUGGAGGUAAUGCUGCGUUGGGAUUCAACACAGAAGACAAUUUAGAAGUGGAUUUGGGGUACUUGAAUAACAAUUUUAACCGUAAUGCUGAGUUGAUUAAUGUUGGCGUUAAUUAUAGACCAUAUAAGCCUUCAGAGCAUCUUAUCUCAUCCUUGAAGUUUGCCUCAAACUUACGUGAUCCAACAUACAAAUUUGUUCUUGAUUUAUAUCACUCGCAAUGCAAUAACCAGUCAUGGCAACUAAAUUCAGUCAAGAAAUCUGGGGGAACUAUUGGAGUUUCAUAUGGAAAUCGCAGUGAUCUGCUCUCUGCUUUCUCUGGUUUGGCCUUGACAAAGAGAACCGCGUACGAUAUUGAUGAUGGAGCUGCAGAUUCUGUCAAGUAUUUCGCUGGUAACUUCAUCAAGCUGUCCAUUAUAAACCGUUUGGCCUAUAGAAAUGUCUCGUAUUACGAUCAGUUACAUCAGGUGUAUCCCGAGAAUGGCUUCGCUGCUCUUUUGUCGAACGAAAUUAGCUCAGAUCAAGAGCAAGAGGAAGGUGCACUGGGUCUGACAUUUUUUGUCAAACUGGCUCUUUCGCUUAAUUUGUACAAAUCCUUCUUCAAGAACUCUGUCACUGCUCACGUUUUUAAUGAGGCAGGAAAUAUUUACAUUUCGGGUUCGGAAAGCUCGGAUGUGCUUCACUUAUCAGAUAAGUUUUACUUGGGAGGAUACAAAUCAUUCAAAGGCUUUGCAAGAAAUAGUGUGAACACCGAAGGAGGCCUGCAAUUCUACAGGACAGGCUUCACUGUUUACAGUAGACUUCCUGAGUUUGUUCAGCGCAAGAGGACGGAGGGCAGCCCUCUUCGUUUCUAUGCAACAGGACUUGUUGGAAAUGUUGGCGACGAUGUCUUGAAGAGUAGCACAGGGGCGGCAUUGAGCGGCGGUGUUGGUCUCAAAUACUUCAACGAAUGGGUGGAUUUUGAUAUCGGGUAUUUUACGUCUCGGAGAUACCGUUCGUCAGAUGCUGCUGGUUUCAGAGAAUGGGAAAGCAAGUUGUCACUGUCUCGCAUUAUAUAUCACAGGCUUCGACAAGAGAAAGAUAUGGCUGUGCCAUGGCACCUUCUAGAGGAGGACAAUGAGUUUUACUUACUUCCGCAAAGAAGUAUGAAAAAUGUCCGCUCCCACCAUGUCAGACCAACACCUACUCAACUUCACCGAAUUGAAAAUGUUACCAAUGAUCCUUUGGCAAUGCCUGAAAAUGACUUGGAAUCUUUAGAUCCCGCACCUUUAUCGCAUUCUCUGCUUGAUCGAGAUGCCGAACUUCUCGUAUCCAUCGUGAUGGACGUCCAGAGACUUUUUCCAGGUGAAAAGUUCUUCCACGACAUGUCGGAUAAUUCUAUAACCCAUAAGAGGCAGAUAAUUACGGUUCUUUUUGUUUGGUCAAAAUGCAACCCUCACGUCGGAUACAAGCAAGGCAUUCAUGAGGUUUUAGGGCUCAUUUUCCUCAACUUCAAGAAGGAACUGGUUCAGCUUCCAAAUACAAAUACAAUGUCACCAGACGAGCGUCAGAUUCUACUGCUCUUUGAUGAAAAAUAUCUUGAGCACGAUUUAUUUGCUACAUUUAAUAAGUUCACAGUGACCAGCGGUGUUGUUCUGCAAUUUUACUCCAGUGAAACGGCGCUUAUGUCCUCAAUCAACGUUUUCAACGUAUAUCUCAUGAAAGUUGACCAGCUCAUACACUACAACUUAAUCACGAAGCUUAGACUAGAGUCUCAGCUCUGGAUUAUCCGAUACUUGAGGCUUCUUCUAUUACGUGAGCUAGGGAAUGACUUAGAGGUUCCUUCAUUAUUGUGGGAUAAGUUAGCUGCAAUCGAUACACACGCUGGUCUGAGCCCCAUUCCUGACACAAUAACCUUCCUAGUUGUUGUUUUAUUGGUGCACAUAAAAUCUGAAUUGGUUUUAUGUGAUUUUUCAGAAGCGUUGUCCUUGCUUCUUCACUACCCUAUCGAGGCAAAGCUAAGGCAAAAUCCGGCGUUCAUGGAUCUGGUUCUUCAGGAUGCCUUACGCUUGACUGAAUACAAAAAGAAUGAUAUGAAACUCUACGAGUACGGCCGCAAGAUGAAUAAGAAGUACAACAACAAUAUCAAGGUCACGUUAGGCUACACCCUGUCACCUAGUGGCUCUGUGAGCCCGUCAAUACUCAUAAAUGUCCGCCGGAUCCUAAGGCGGAAAGAAUGGCUUUUGAAAAAUAUAGACUAG